UCUAUAAGCUAAGAGACUCUGGUCAUGUACUUAUGCUGCAACGACCCAAAUGAGGUCUUAUUCAAGCUCUAGAGCUGGAACACAGAGGUUUAUCUCAUGUUAAAUGACAUCUCCAUGAUCAACAAUCCGACGCUACCAGAGCAGAUUCACUUGAAGAUCUUCCAUAUCUAGGAGUCCAAGAUCAAGAGUUCUACUUACCAUUGCAAAUCAAAGACAGUCAACCUUCAUAGACUAUUAAACAUACAAAAGUAAUAUACCUCUUGGCAAAUUAUAAGCAAGUCGCCUCUUUAACUCUAUAUUGUAUUGAUGCUUGUAAGUGUCAGCAGAACACAAGUAUCUCACGUAUAUGAGUUGAUUUUCAUGAGCAGGAAGCUAGAAGGCAAGGUGGCACUGGUCACAGGAGCGGCCAGUGGCAUAGGCAAGGCGACUGCAGCUAAGUUCGUCACUCAUGGUGCCAAAGUUGUGAUCGCGGAUAUCCAGCACCAGCUCGGCCAGGAAACCGCCGAAGAGCUUGGACCCGAUGCCGUCUUCAUCCCGUGUGAUGUGACUAAAGAAUCAGAUAUCUCAAAUGCCGUUGACUUUGCUGUUUCUCGAUUCAAUCAACUCGACAUCAUGUACAACAAUGCCGGGGUCGCCUGCGGCACUCCGCCGAGCAUCACCGACCUCGACCUUGAUGUGUUCGAUCGGGUCAUGGGCAUCAAUGUACGAGGAGUUGUUGCUGGAAUAAAGCAUGGGGCUCGGGUGAUGAUCCCUCGCAGGACUGGCUCGAUCCUCUGCACCGCCAGCAUCACAGGAGUGCUCGGAGGAACUGCACAGCAUACAUACUCUAUCUCGAAGUCCACAGUUAUAGGGACGGUGAGGUCAGCUGCGGCAGAGUUAUGCAGGUAUGGCGUCAGAGUCAACAGCAUAUCGCCUUUCGCCAUCCCAACCCCAUUUGUGAUGGAUGAGAUGAGGCAAAUCUAUCGUGGUGUUGAAGAUUCACGAAUUGAGAAGAUUUUAAAUGAUGCUGGUGUUUUGAUGGGGGGUAAUUGUGAAACUAGCGACAUUGCCAACGCUGCACUCUACCUCGCAUCAGAUGAUGCAAAGUAUGUUAAUGGGCAUAAUCUGGUGGUGGAUGGAGGCUUCACGGUUAUGAAGAGUCUAGUGUUGCCUGCACCAGACCAGGUGCACUGAGAGUUUGUUUACAUGGUUAAACCGUACCAAGUAAGAACCAAAGAAUUCUCGACAACAGUUGUAUAGAAUUGUUCUUGCUGGUCUUUUCACAGAUAUUUAUGGAGCAUUGA